GUUUAAACAAUUCAAUACAAGAUGUACAGAACCUUAGCUCGCCUUAAUGGCUUUGCCCCACUCAAGCAAUCGCUUGUUCACAGCAGAACUUUGGCUACCGAAGCCGCUGCUGCCUCUCCAAGACUUAAGACUUUUAAGAUUUACAGAUGGAAUCCCGACACUCCCGAAGUUGAACCAAAAAUGCAAUCCUAUGAAGUUGACUUGAACAAGUGUGGUCCAAUGAUUUUGGAUGCUAUUCUUAAGAUUAAGAAUGAACAAGAUUCUACUCUUACCUUCAGAAGAUCUUGUCGUGAAGGUAUUUGUGGUUCAUGUGCUAUGAACAUUGGUGGUAGAAACACUUUAGCUUGUUUAUGCCGUAUAGAUACCAACACUGCUAAGGAAGAAAAGAUUUACCCUCUUCCUCACAUGUAUAUCGUUAGAGAUUUGGUUCCUGACUUGACUCAUUUCUACAAACAAUACAAGUCCAUUCAACCAUAUUUACAAAGGGAAAGUCACCCUGCUGAUGGCCGUGAGAACCUUCAAAGUAUUGAAGACAGAGCCAAGUUGGACGGUCUUUACGAAUGUAUCUUGUGUGCUUGUUGUUCCACCUCUUGUCCUUCCUACUGGUGGAACCAGCAGGAAUACUUGGGUCCAGCUGUCUUGAUGCAGGCCUACAGAUGGUUGAUUGACUCUAGAGAUGAAGCAACCAAGUUCAGAAAGGAAAUGCUUCAAAACUCCAUGUCCUUGUACAGAUGUCACACUAUUAUGAACUGUUCUAGAACUUGUCCAAAGGGUUUGAACCCAGGUUUGGCCAUUGCUGAAAUUAAGAAGCAAUUGGCUUUUGACUAAAUAAUUUAGUCAUAGUUAUUUUUAUUUGCAUACGAUUAUCAAUUUCUCCUCCUACAUCAAAUAUGGUGAAGUACACCAUGUUUAUUCCCACUACAUAGAUUAAGUAUUGCUAAUCUUACGCUGUAUAGUAGUUUUGUGUAAGUUAAGGAUUUUUUUUUAAACAGUGUACCUAUGAAAUUUCUCCGGGACGUUCCGGGAUAGAAGCCAACAGGGUUUGAUGGAAUACCCAGGAAGAGACAAAGGAAAAUCUUUGAAAUACAUACAUUACAUACAUGCAUAAAGAGAG